AUGAAUAAUACUGUUGGUGAACUUGCCCUGAACUUACUACGUAGCGAUCGUGACUACUUGCAUUUGGCUCCUGAGGGAGUACCGAUUGAAGAGCUUCCACUGGAGGUCGAUGCAAAGUUUUGUGCUUUGGAGGCGGAGCGUGCAAUGUUAAAAGGCGAGAACAACCCGAAGAAUGCGAGUAUGAUAUUAUCUUUGGAAGAGAAAUUAAAUGAGCGUGCUCGCCAGCUGGCUCAAGAGCAACUACUGGAAGACCUGAAGGAAUUGAGUUCUUUUCAGCAUUGUGUUCCUCUCUCACUUUUAUCGCCUCAUACUGACGUUCAGUUUGCUGCUGAUGUUGCUGAAUUUCGACGACUGAAAAAAGAAGGGGAGCAAAACACCCCUGCCAUUCAGGGCGUUGUCGGGAGACUUAACGCACGUGCGAAUGAGCUCGCGGAAGAGUAUUUGCGUACCGAUCGCGCAUCGUAUCUUAACCCUGAACAACUUGGUGUGCCACUUGACUUGCUAUCUUUGGACACAGACUCUGAGUUCGUGUCACUGGAAGCUGAAAGGCUAAAAUUGUUGUUGGACAGAGAUGGUUAUGUGUCUUAUAUUAAUGUGUUGGAAACUCGUUUGAAUGAUAGGGUGCGGGAGCUGUGUCGUCUGAGUCUACUUGAUUUUCCCGAAUUUUUGUUGGAUGUGUCGAACUUUGGGGUUCCUUUGGAGGAACUGUGCCUCUUCGAGGAUGAUGGUUAUCGGCGUCACAUUUGUUCGUGGUACAAGCUUCGUAGGACCCCGGAGGUUGAUAACGAACGCAUUUCUUGUGAAGCUUGUAUUGUUGAAAUAGUUCGGGAAAAAGCAAAAUUGUAUACUGAGGAGAUACUUCGAUCUCUUCCUCUCGUAUAUCGUGGUAUACCGCUACGUGAUGCCGAUUUGUUUCGGAACGAUGGUUUUAUUAAUAGUGUUAAACGUUUUCGGCGCGCCGUUCGUGAAAAGCGGGAUGAGAGUGAGAUUGUGGAGGCCGAAGAUAAUAUGAAAAAUAUAGCAUUUGAUAUAAUUGAUGGUUUGAUUUUAAAGGAACGUGGCAGUCUUGACCAAGAGCCGGAAGGAAUAUCUAUCAAUAACGUUCCACUUGAUUACGACAACGCCUAUCUUGAGAUGGAAGCAGAACUCCAUAGUCUUUUAAAGCAACAAUCCAUGUGUGAAGCGGCUUCCAUAUUGCAACUCCGAAAAGCAAUGAACGACAGGGUACACCAUCUUGCCCUUAUUGAGCUGGCGAAGAUGAGGACUUUCUUGGACCCUGAGAUAUUCGGCAUACCCAUUAAAGAUCUUCGUCUUGAAGGUGACAUGGACUUCCGGAACGCGGAAAUUAGUCGAUAUAAAAAAUUAAAAAAUGAGGCAAAUGCUGAUGUGAAAGACCUUGAAGUUUUAAUGACAGCACGUGCACUUGAGGUAGCGAAGGCUUUUGUUGCGCGAGAGAGAGCUUUUUUAGAGCCAGAACCACAUGGGUUGUUGUUAGAGGAAUUGCUUCUAGAUACGCAUAAGGUGUUUACGGAUUUGGAGAGGGAGCGCCGAGUGCUCCUCAAGGAGCCAGGGUUGUGUGAAAACACUGUGAAAAUCAAAUCACUGCAGGACAAAAUGAGAGCUGUGGUCAACGAGUUGGCGGUAGCGUACGUUGCAGAGUCCCGUAAGUUCCUAGAUCCUGCGCCAGAGGGUGUUCCGCUUGAGGAAUUGUCUUUAGACUCGAACGAGCUAUUUAUUGAAUUGGAGAAAAGGCGGUUUGGGCUCCUGCGGGAGGGGAAGGGAGAUGAGGGUAAUCUUAAAGAUGUCGAGAAAAGUAUGCAGGACUGCAUUCGUGAGUUGGCUAAGGGGCUUUUGAAGGAAAAUCGUGCCUAUCUCAACCAAAAGCCAUUAGGUAUACCACUUGAUUAUCUACCCCUCAACAACGACAAGAAGCUCCGUGAAUUAGAGAGGAAACGACGGGAACUUCUGAAUACCUACGAUAAUGAUUCUCCCCAAGUGAAGUCUAUAGAGGGGGUGAUUAUUAAGCGAAUUGACAAAAUUGCUGCUCGUUACCUUGAAGGAGAGCGCUCCUUUCUGGAUCCUUGUCCACAAACUGUUCCCCUGCGUUACUUGCCUCUUAACGCAGACACCAAUUUUUGUUCCCUGGAACAGAGGCGGAGGGAGCUGCGCAGGGGAGGAGACACUGCCGAAGAUGAUGCAAUGAUAAAGGAACUGGAAAUUCGUAUAAAUGAUCGCGCUCAUGAACUGGCUAAAGAGGUACUACACAAUGGUCGGCUUUUUCUUCAUCCUGAAAUUCUCGGUGUCGCAGUUUCUGAUAUUCCUUUGAGUGAUCACGAACCGUUUGUUCAACUUGAAGAAGCUCUGAGAAGAAUCAAGGUCGACAACCCAAUAAACAGCUUUAUGGAGGUUGACCUAAGGGAGAAAUUAAAGCAGUGUGCGAGACAGGUAACUGAAAAGAUGCUCGAUGAAGAACGGAGUUUCUUGGAUCAAAAUCCUUUGGGUAUUCCACUGAACAGUUUGAUGCUGAAUUAUGACCCGAAAAUGCAAGAACUCGAGCGAGUGAGAAGGAAGAAACUGCGGGAUAAAGUGGACGCUAACGAGGAGGAGAGGGAGAUGGUGAGGCGCGUCAACGAGAUGGCGGAGGAGGAAUUACGCCGUCAACGUAUGUACCUUCCGGCCACACCAUUGGGAAUCCCAUUCCAGUACUUGGGUCUUGACAGCGAUGGGAAAUUUGGCCAAAUGGAAAAUUUUCUACGCACAUUGAAAAGGGAUCCUCUGUCGAAAGAAAAAGCGAUUCGUGAUCAGGAGAACGCAAAUAGGCAGUACGUAUUUAGAACGGCAGCGGAAUACAAACGAAGGGAGCGCGCGUAUCUUAACCCCGAGCCUAAUGGAGUUUCCCUUAAGCGGCUAUCCCUAGAUACUGAUCCCAAGUUUCAGAAGUUAGAACAAAUGAGAAGAAUGCUGAUGCAUAGCUCUGAUUCAAAUGAUGCCCAAAUUGGUCAUUUGGAACAUUUGGCUAACGAAUAUGUGCUUCAACUCGCUUUGCAACAGCUCGGGUGGCAAGACGCAGAAUUCCAUGACAGAAAUAGGCACCUCGCAGACGAUUGGGUGCGCAUUAGCGAACUAUACCCUGAAGGUAAAUACGUACCCUUUGAACCCACAAAAGCUAACGGUUGCUCGGUUGUCUCCGCGCCCAACGACGCAAGUUACCUGGCACCUUUUAUCGCCGCUUUGAGCCGCUGUCCAGAUAUGCUAAGGCAAUUAUGUGAUACAACAUCACAUCCCGUUAAUGGUCCAUAUUCUUUCAUCUUUUUUGAUCCGAACAGCAACCCUGUUCGUGUUGACAUUGAUGACCGUGUGCCAGUGGAUGCGAAGUGUGAGCCCAAGUUUACACGCGUGCCACACCGGUCUUGGUACCCGCUGCUGCUGGAGAAGGCAUAUGCGAAGUUUGUUGGUGGGUACGCAAAGCUCGACCAGUGCACACCACACGAAACCCUCCGUGAUCUAACGGGCCGUCCAGUGCUACAUAUCCCUUUUGAUGAUCGACUCGCAGAUGCAGCGAAUACGGGUGACUUCCGAUCUGUGAAAUUCUGGAAGGGGAUUAAAAGGAACCUCGCGGCUGGAGAUGUGAUCACAUGCAUAAGCAACCACGAAAGUGUGGACGGCCUUCACUCUCAAUGCAGUUACGCUCUCCUUAGUGUAAUCGAAACUGUGCAUGAAUCGAAUGAUGUCUCUGACAUCGUGAUCAAAUUACACAACUGCUACUACGAUAGCCCGACAUACGACGGCCCACUGUGUAACGAUGAUGAUAACUGGACCGAUGGUUUGAAGAGACUUUGCCAUUAUAAUCCUGAGGAGGAUGCACUUUACAUACCUGUUCCUGUGUUUCUGCGUAACUUCUCGAGCAUGCAGCGCUGUCACAUAAACUGUGGCGACCGUCUGACUGCGCCUGGUGAGUGGACUGGGGUAAGCUGUGGAGGAAACCCGAAGUUCACAACUUUCCGGAACAACCCCAUCUAUCUUGUGGAAAACAAAACCUCCCGUCCCGUUACCAUUCUUGCUGAGCUGCGGCAUCAUGCGCCAGCAUACCGUGACCCUGACGAUGUAAAUCACUAUCACCAGUCUGGGCUUGCACUGCUAAAGGCGAUAAACACGCGUAUGCCUGUGAGUCCGAUCUUGACAAGUGUGACACACCGCUUUUUGCAUAGGGGCAUGAUGUUGGAUGCACGGGAGGUGUGUGCUCAAAUGGAGUUGCCUCCGAGUACCACGUGCUAUCUCGUCCCAUAUACGUUGGGUCGUGAGAACUAUGGAAAGUUUCACAUAUCUGUGUACCCCGGUCUUGCAAAGGUGAAUCUUGCCCCUCUUCGAACUGCGGCUCUCUUUGCCUCUCCUGUUGUUAUUUCUAUGUCGUUGAAAACGGAACUGCGGAACGGUGUGAAGGUUGAGUUUGUUGUGAGCAGAGCAUGUGAUGCUCAUGUUUUGCUUUGUCAGAGACGACCAAAGGUUAUUGAUGUAUGUAAAAGUGAUUUACUCGGUGAUUUCAGUGUUAACAUGGCAGUUUAUGAUGAAAAUGGAAUCCUGUUGAUGAACACAGGGGAGCCUAGGAAUGCGCGGGAGGUUGCGGUUUCCUUCCGAGUUCCCCAGCAAGGUUUGUAUUCUGCUGUAAUUAUGGCUCUUGGCGUGGAUCGCCGAGGAAAUCAUAGAGGAUGUCCCUGCCACCUAACGAUAUUUACGUCGAAAAAAGCGAAAGUGAGACUCCUUGGUACGGUCCCUAAUUUUCCCAGGCGUGCAACACCAAGAACCUCUAUCCGAAGUCAGUCAGCGGAAAUCAUGACACCAGUUAGUUUAACACCAAGAGACGGUCCCAAAACUGCAGGUUCGUUUCAUUUGCCGUAUAUUUCCGGUGGACAGUCAACGACAGACUCUCCUUUUGUAAUGGGCAUAAAAUGA